AUGGAGGGAGUUAUACCACUUAUCAUUUGGCUUUUCACUGCACCUUACCAAUCAAAUCUCGACCAUUUCGUUUUUGAUAUUCCAAUCACUUGUAGACUUCCAGUCGACAGAUUCACAUACAAGAUUCAAUUUUUCGAAAAUGAUGUUUUCAGGUGGGUAAACUUCAAAAAUAGUGUUUCAAUAAUGAAAAAUAUGUUUCAGUAACCGCGAUGUUCUCACCAGAGCAUUCAACGAAACUAUAGGACCAAUGCCAGUUUAUCGGAAAUUUGUGGGACAACUUGGUGGAGAUGAAAUAUUUUCAGCUGGCUACAGUAUCUCGGCUGAUAUUGAACAUGAUUGUACAAAUGAUAGAAAACCAGUUAAAGCAAGAAUUAUAUUCAAACAACUUUGUCGACUUGGAAAAUGGUGUAAUUUGGCAUACGAUUUGAAUUUGACAAAUUUGAAGGGUUUCCAUAAACAAGAUGCUGUUAUAACUAAAUAA